UGGGAGGUGGAACCGUAUCACUCGUCCCGUAAAGUUGGCACAUGAGCAGCACUCCGUCACACCGUCAUGAAGUCGCCAUGCUCAGCUCUGCUCGUACCGCCGCUCGUCACAUUGCUCGCCACGUGUGGAUGCUGGACGUAUGCGAACGAAGUUUCACGUGACGCUGGCUCAGCUGUCGUGCGCAUCAGCGAUGGACUCGUCGCCGGCCGACGUGACAUUGUUAGCGGUGUUCCAGUGCACGCUUUUCUCGGAAUACCGUACGCGCAGCCUCCCGUGGGAGACCUGCGCUUCGAAAAGCCACGGCCCCCGAUUCCGUGGAACGGAACGUACGACGCCUCGAGAACGCCCAGCCCGUGCAUGCAAGUCGACUUUCCUUUCAUAAAGGACACGAAAAUCGACUACUCGCACGCUUCGGAGGACUGUCUCUACAUGAACGUCUGGAGGCCCGCUACGGCGUGCGGUCCCGACGACAUGUGCGAUGCCAAUUUGCCGGUCCUGGUUUUCUUUCACGGCGGUGGCUUUCAGUGGGGUGACUCGUCACUCUUCGUUCACGAUCUGUCCAAUUUCGUUGCCCACUCCAACGUGAUUGCUGUCGGCUUCAAUUACAGGGUGAGCAUUUUCGGCUUCCUAACGGCGGGUUCUAAAGAGUUUCCCGGAAACUGGGGCCUCUGGGAUCAGCACCUAGCACUUCAGUGGGUGCAGAAGAAUAUCGGCGCUUUCGGAGGUAACCCGAACGAAGUCACUCUUGCAGGUCAAAGCGCAGGUGCCAUCUCCGUAUCCCUGCACUCAAUUUCACCAAAGGGAAAAGGCCUUUUCAAAAGGAUGCUUUUGCAAAGCGGGGCAACAACAUCUAUGAUCGUUGGAGAGCCAUACAAAGGCUCGGGAAAAUUCAUAGCAGUGGCGGCAGGCGCGGGCUGCUACGAUGAAAAACGAAGCCUCCAAGACCAGUUGAAAGAAUCUGUGGCUUGCCUGAAGAAAGCCGACGGCCGCGCCAUCUACGAGAGGCUCGCAAAAGAAAAACCUCAAGACCAGAUAUUCCCACCAGUGAACGGCGACGAGUACCUACCGGUUGACCCACUGCUCGAAAACGCGGCUGACAGAAUAGCUGCGGAAGAAGUUUUCUUGGGGACGGUUGCUAAUGAAGGUACGGUGUUUGCGUACCACAUCGCCAAACUUUCAACUGUGGCCGAAGGCGCAUUUUCUUUCGUGGAUGACUACAGGUUUGUUAUUACGUUGGUCGUGAGCACGCUUUUUAACCUACCGGUCGCAACAUCGAAGGGAAUCGUCCAGCACUACUACGGCGAUUACGACACGCACUUCACGAAGGAUCAAGUCCUGUCGAUUUUCGGCGACAUCAUCGGUGAUGGUGGGUUUUACUGCCCCGUGGUUUUCUUUGCUGAAAAGGCAUCGAAACAAGGCAUCAAGACGUAUAGAUAUCAAUACGCGCACAUAUCCUCGUUCAACGUAUGGCCAGAAUGGGUUGGCGUCUUCCAUGGCGAGGACCUUUUUUUCACCACUGGAGCGCUACCUUUCCUCACUCAGGAAGAGAAGCAUCGACCAUCGCUGUGGCACACACUGAAAGAAGAGCUGAACAUCACGCACUACACGGAAGACGAGAAUAUGUUCGUGAAAGAGCUUAUCUCUACGAUUACUGCUUACGUGAAAAAUGGCAAACCAACCAUACCGAAUUCGCAAGCAGAGUGGCCUUUGUACACCAAGGACACGGAGCAAUACGUCCAACUUCAGCCGCACAACUACACAAUAAGCAGUGAGAAGCGGCAGGCAUUUUGCGACCUGUGGAGGCCGAUUCUGCUAAAACGGAGUCCCAUGACUACAACAGGAGGGCGCAAAGAAGAACCAACAAGAUCCGGGAAAUCGCCCUCCGCGUCGCUGCCGCCACUCAAUACCAACGAUGUCGAAAGCAAUUAUGUCUCAAAGGCACCUAGGCACUUGGGCGCCUACAGUACAGCCGCCUUACUUGCAGUGGCAGCUUUUAAUGCUUUACCAUUCUGUUUAAGGCGCUUUUGCGAGGCGCACUCGAGCGAAAAGUCAAGGGAGCGCACGGCUGCUGCGUGUGAAACACACAUGGCGCGCUACACACAAUGGACGUGGAGCUUCGCAGUGACGCUCGUUGUUGCGGUUAACUUUGUUUCGUCUGUCUAUAGUUCUCAUUCGGAACCCGUUGUGAGCACCACUUCAGGCCUUGUGGCCGGAAAGCGAAUGAAGAUCAAGAAAACAAAUGUGGACUCAUUCCUCGGAAUACCGUACGCAGCAACGCCUACCGGUCAUUUGCGCUUCGAAAAACCGCAAGCGCCCGUGCCUUGGAACGGAACUUACAGAGCCACAAACAUGCCUUCACCGUGCUGGCAGACGACAUUGCGAUUUGUCGACGGGGCACCUCUCGACUACUAUUCCAGUGCUUCAGAAGACUGUCUUUAUUUAAACGUUUGGAGAAAGUCUUCGACGUGUUCCGAUUCAACCGGAUGUGACGCCAAAAGACCAGUGAUUGUGUUUAUCCACGGAGGUGGGUUCACGUGGGGCGAUUCGGCGCUGUUUGUGUACAACAUGGCAAACUUUGCAGCCCUGUCAGACGUCGUGUGUGUCACGUUAAACUACAGACUGAGCAUCCUAGGCUUUCUGUCACUAGACAGACCAGAGCUUCCAGGAAACAUGGGCCUUUGGGACCAGAACCUAGCACUGAAAUGGGUGCGUACUAACAUCGCGAAUUUCGGUGGUGACCCGCAUGAGGUGACGCUGAUGGGGCAGAGUGCCGGCGGUAUCUGCGUUGGUCUCCACGCUGCGUCCCCGCAUAGCCAAGGCCUCUUCAAGAGAGCUUUUAUGAUGAGUGGUGCUCCACUGUCGUUGAUUCUCGGUUCUUCUCACAGCGGUGAAGGCAAGUUCAUAAACAUCGUGGGCCUCCUGGGCUGUUACGACUACAAAAGAACGCUAGACGACCAACUUAGUGACGCAGUAGCCUGCUUGAAGAGGCUGAACGCGAGUUUUAUCUUCAGGACCCUGGAAGAUCAAGAUGCAAUGGUGCAAGUGUUUGUCCCUACACUUGGCGAAGACUUCAUCUCUCAGAGCCCGUUUUCGGAGAAUACUUGGAAGACGCUUCCAAUCGAGAAGAUUGUAAUCGGGAGUGUGCUAAACGAGGGAACGCUGCUCUUGGACAAUAUACAUUACGCAUCUCCAGGAUUGAAUUCGAUACUAUCUACAGAUUACAGGCUUGCCAUAACGCUCGCUAUGCAACCCAUGUUCGGCAUAUCUGUGCCGCAGGCGAGAAGCAUCGUGCAGGCUUACUUCGGGGAUCCGGACAUUGAGCACACUCAGGAACAAGUAAGAACACUGUUCAGUGAGCUGUUGGGAGAUGCCGUAUUUGAUUGCCCCGUUCACCUCAUGAGCGAAUCGACGUCGCAGCAAGGAAUCGAGACCUACCGCUACCUGUUUGCUCACCGAGGAUCGUACAGUUUUUGGCCGGAAUGGAUGGGCGUUGCUCAUUCGGACGAGACUAUGUAUGUCCUUGGAUCACUCCCUUUUUUGAACGACACUGCUUACAAGAUUGAAGCAAUGGCAGGAGCCGCGUCUGAAAUAAUGUCAUCGAAGAACUAUACAACGGAAGAAGAGAUCAUGAUGGAACAGGUCGUCAGCGCUGUGUCCUCCUUUGUCAAGGCAGGAAAACCGGUUAUUCCACAUCCGAAUGUCGAGUGGCCCGAGUACACGACGGGAAAUCCCCAAAUGCUGAUGCUGAAGCCAAACAACUACACCGUCGUUCAAGACAUGAAGAGAGAACGUUGCAAGCUCUGGAAGCCAGUCCUCUACAAGAGCGAUGAUUCCUCGAAAGGAAGGAAAACCCCGAGUACGAUCGCCAAGCCUACCAAACCGAGUGCACGCACGCCCGCAAAGAAAAGAAUACCAAGCUUCUCCGAAGACAAUAGCAUCUCCGCGUCUCCAGCGAUGAUCCACACAAAUAACGUGCUUACGUUCGUGUCCGUAACGUGUUUGUUAAUCAGCUUUCUGGAUGCGAGAUGGUACGACAGUUGAAGACAUGCGUGGAUGUGUCGUUGAUGUACCUCAAAAGAUUGAUAAGUGAUUUUUUUAGCUCUUCCUGUGAGCGUAGACGCAAUGGUGAUGGCAAAGAGCAAGUCGUCAACAAUGCGUGAAUGAAACUGGAUAAUCUCAUUCGGUGGUUAGAAAAAGCUGUUGUCCUCUUUUUACAGUUAGAAAAUGGGUGCCUGAUAGUGUAGCGUAGGAAAAUAAUAAACGAGGUACACACAUUCUGUAUCUGGCGAAAUUUAAAAGAAAAAAUCUCUUUGGUAGAUAUCAGACUAAACUCUAGAUGUCUAGAGAUGAGUUUUUACUUAUAGAAAACAUCAAAAUACAUAUCGACUACUGAAGGAAAUCCAACGAGCAGCCCUUUUAAAUGUGGAGAAGAAGAAGAAUACUAUGCUGCAAUGGGACACUACCAUAGCUGGAAGCGCUGAGCGCAAGCUGUUGGCACUGGCACUGUGCUUCCUGCGUCGGUCUUUGCCGCCCGGUUUCAGCAUUCAUAGGCUUCCUUCUCAAGUGCUACUUGCCUCAAUAAACACCGUUCCAGAGUGGUGGCGGUGCGAAGUACUGAACCUGGAACUCCGAUGCAGGACGCUGUUCGCUGCCCUGGUAAUGGCGGACGAAACCACCCAGCAAUUAAGGCACGAUUUAACCUUCGAUGGUUGUUGUU